GGUUGCAGUUUCCCACACCACACUCCUCCUCGGAAACUUCCGUCGUCGUGUUGUUAGCUUGACUUACGGAUCCAACGAGAGAAGUACUUACUACUGCUCACAUUCUCGUGGAAUCUGAGGUUUUACGGGUUUUAGCGAAUUGAGAUUUAAUAUUCAGACAUCUUCUUCUUCUUUUUUUUCUCUUGUUCCGAGGUCUGAAUCACACUGGUGUCUUCCUGUCCUGAUCUGAUCAACGAGACAACAUUUGAUUAAAGGGGACAAUUCACAAGGCAUCAUUACAUAAUUUUGACAGAACAAAGUUCUCUUGUUAGGUGUCUCCUGUAGAUCGAUCAUCUUUGCAAGUAUAGUUGCAGUGAUAGUGAAGAUGGGCUUGCUGAAGAAAAAGGAUUCAGCUUCUGCUAGCUCCUCUACUUCUCCAUGCGCCAAUUUGAGAAAUGCUUACCACAAUUGUUUCAACAAGUGGUAUUCAGAGAAGUUCGUGAAAGGGCAAUGUGAUAAAGAAGACUGUGUUGCUGAGUGGAAUAAGUACAGACACUGUCUCUCGGAGAAUCUAGAUGGUAAACUUCUCACUCGCAUGUUGGAGGUUGAUGGUGAGCUGAAUCCAACAAGUCAAAGCUGAUUUAGAAGAAACUAGUGCUUGAUGUUUCUGAACAACAUUGUCUCUUUGAAACAGAUCCCAAAUUGAGCAACUUUUUUAAAAAAAAAAAAGGAAAACAUACUAGAAGCAGAAUGUUGUAGUAUUCUUUAUUUUUGGCACACGAAAUUUCAAGAACUGAUAAAUAAGAGAAGAAAGAUAUGUAAA